UGAAGACAACCUCAGGUCACCAGAAGAUGUACUGGAUUUUAACCCUUUCUGUUUGGACCUUGAUCUUCCAUCUGAUAAAUGGAGGUCCUCUGCCACAGCAUGAGACUGCUUCACCAUCAGUAGAUCAUAAGGUGUCCCUCAUCUAUCCUCACUGGGAAAGGAGGCAUGUCAUGGUGCCCUUACGCUACCCCUUUGUAGGGAUAAGAAGAGCCCAUCCUGUGCUGGUGAAGGUGUUCAUUCGCUAUGAGAUCAUUGUACGCAUCCCUCAACCUCCAACCACUCCAAAACCUCCGGCACCAUCAACUCCGAAACCUCCGGCACCAUCACCUCCAAAACCUCCGGAACCAUCAACUCCAAAACCUCCGGCACCAUCAACUCCAAAACCUCUGGCACCAUCAACUCCAAAACCUCCGGCACCAUCAACUCCAAAACCUCCUGCACCAUCAACUCCAAAACCUCCGGCACCAACUCCAAAACCUCCUGCACCAUCAACUCCAUUACCACCAGUUCCAACGACAGAAUGUAGAGGAGACUGUCCGAUGUUGUCAACUGUCUAAAUGACACACAAACACAUAACCUAGUUUGCUUCAUCGCUUUUACACUUACCAACUCCAAGCUCUGCAUCAGCAAUUAGCCUACAUACUGUACUUAUA